UCAGCUUCUUCUUCCCCAUUCUUCUCAAUUUUUUUUUUCUUUUUACGUCGCCUGUUCUGCAUUUCUUCUUCCUCCCCGUUCUUCUUUCAUUUUGAUUUUUUCUUUUUCCUUCUUUACCUGUUUCCGCGCCGACCGCCGUUUUCGGGGGCAACGGACCUCUGAGUUCCUGUUCAACUCUACUUCGCCAAAGAGACUGAGGAGCAAUAGCCGUGUUCGGGGAAGGCGACGGACUCUCCAGGUUCCUAUGUAGCUCCCCCCUGAUUGUAUCCAUGCGCCGCCUCCGACGACUAACCUCUCCGGCGCCAUUUUUGCCUCGCGCGUUUUGUACUCUCCGUAUAUUGGUUCCAGACCAAAAUUCCCCUUCCCAAAUUUCGUCUCUCAUCUCCGAUCAAAACUGGUCGCAGCUAAAAUCCGUCGUAGAAUCCUCCAGCCCUAGCGAAUUCCUCCGCCAGCUCUUCGAAUUCCCCAAUUUCAACACCGGCCACAUUUUAUCCUUCUUCAAAUGGUCGCAGCACGCUUUCGAGGUAACUCACUCCGUCGAUCACUACGCAGAGCUGUUCAUCCGUCUAGCCAACGAGAAACGGUACGGGAAGGUACGCUCAUUAUUGCACUUAUUUGUAAAGCAAAACAGCACAAUUUCAAUUCCUAGGGUUUCCAAUGCUCUAUUAACCGCAAGCGACAAUUCGUGCGCCACUAGCGUCGUAUUCGACAUGUUAUUGCUUGAAUGUGUCUACAAUGGCAAGGUAGACACAGCAUUGGAAGGUUUCAGGCGAGCUUGGAGCUAUGGCUUCAAAUUAUCUGUUGUUUCCUGUAACUCAUUGUUGAGUUCUUUGGCGAAGGAACAUAGAACAGGUGAAAUGGAGUAUGUGUACAAGGAAAUGAUUAGGCGAAAAAUGGAUCGCAAUACGAUCACAUACAAUACAGUGGUGAAUGGUUUGUGUAAAGCCGGAAAGUUGAACAAGGCCGGUGAUGUAGUCGAGGAUAUGAAGCUCUACGGGGCAGCGCCGAAUGUGGUGACAUACAAUGCUCUGAUCGACGGGCAUUGUAAACGGGCCGGGCCGGGGAGAAUGCAUAAGGCCGAUGCUUUGGUUAAGGAGAUGAUUGAGAGAGGAAUUUCGCCGAAUUUGAUCACUUACAAUACUUUGAUCGACGGGUUUUGUAAGGACGGUAAUUUAGUUGCAGGCGAAAGAAUGUUGAAGGAGAUGAAGGAGCAAGGUUUAAGGCCAAACGUGAUCACGUAUAAUUCGUUGAUCAAUGGAUUUUGCGGUGAGGGAAAGUUUGACAAAGCGAUGGUAUUGAGGGAAGAAAUGACGGAAGCGGGAUUGGAACCGACCGUUGUUACGUAUAAUACGUUUAUCAACGCAUUUUCGAAGAGGGGUAUGUUGAAGGAGGCUAAGGAUUUAUUCGAGGAAGUUAUGGAAACGGCGGUCGACUUCCCCGCGUCGACGUUCAAUUGUUUGAUCGACGGGUAUUGCAAGGCGGGGCAGGUCGAGAGUGCCGUCGACGUGUUCAAUCUAAUGGUGGAGAAGAACGUCCGUCCUAACGUGACGACGUACACGACCUUAAUUUCCGGUUACUACAGCGGCGGGAACGGAGAAGCCGCGGAGAGGCUCGUAAACGAGAUGGAGGAGAAAGGGUUGACGGCGGACGUUACGAGUUAUAACGUAAGGAUCCUUGCGAUGUGUAAGAAAGGUGAAAUGAGGAGGGCUGUUGGAUUUGUCGACGAAAUGUGGCGGAGAGGAUUGAACCCGAAUCGGGCGACGUACAAUUCGUUGAUGACGGGGUAUUUCGAGGGAGGGAACGUGGGCGCGGCGUUGGGUGUGAAGAAGAGAAUGGAGAAGGAAGGGAUGAAGGGUAAUGUUGCGACGUACAAUGUGUUGAUAAAGGGUUAUUGUGAGAAUGGGAAGUUGGAGGAAGCGAAUAAGUUUGUGAAUGAGAUGUUGGAGAAAGGAUUGGUGCCGAAUCGAGUGACUUUUGAGAUUAUUAAGGAGGGGAUGGUUGAGAAAGGGUUUGUUCCGGACGUUGAUUGUGGUUUUGUUGCAGCUUAGUUUACUUGUGCUAAGGCUCCUUGAUUGAGAUUUGAAUUCA